GGCCAGUAACCAUUUAGCUCUGGGGACAGUCAGCUGAGAUUUCUCCAUGUCACAGUAAACACCAGUCCCAGACUAGAUCCAACAAUUAACAGGAAAACCCACAAUGUGGGGUCACAUCUCAUAGCAGGACCCAGCCAGAACGGUCCCUAUGGGAUGUCAAUGGAGGAUGGGGGAAAAAAACCAGUGCUCACCCGAAAUACUACAGAAGAGAGCCAGCGUUCUUCACCCAGGAGCUGCGUUCAGUGGGGUAAUGAGGUAUUUUGGAACCUCUUUGCAAAAUCAGUGAUCCCAGUUUAAAGGGGACACUUAGAGGAGCAAGAGGUGAAUACUGAUAACUAAAAUGUGAUCUGACCCUGGUGAAAAGCACCUUAAAAGGAUGAAACUUGGAAAUGUAUACAGAAGCUCAAGGUGAGACAUCUAACAUCUAAACAGAAAUGAAACAGAAUCCUGAAAUCAAACCAUGACAACAAAAAAAGAAAAAGAAAAAGACAAAAUAAAAAAAGUCACACAGACCAGCCGGCCAGACAGGCCUCAGACAAGUCAGGAUGAGGCUGGGAUUGCAGGUUCUGCUUCUGGAAGCCGACCUCCUGUAAGGCGCCCAUCACAGGGCUUGGGCCACUUACCCAGGAGGCCAAGUAAGACACGGCGUCUUGGCUCGGAAUCUGCGGCUCCAUCAUCCCCAACCAGGCGACGACUUUCGGCAGUGUCACCCCAGCCACCACUGGCACUAUUGGCGAGUUCUCAGAGUGAUGAGCCCCGAUCCCCUCAGUUAUCUGGAAUGCCCUUAUCAGAAGAAAAACAUGACUUGGAUCAGGUGGCUCCACUAGGCAGUAAUACAAUUUAUCAGGAAACAGCCAGAACAUCACACACGAUGCUGUUGCAAAAUGAACUAAGAAGAUCAAGAUUAUGGAAAGUGUUCUGGAUCAACCGAGCAAAGGUCAUCUACAUACAUCCACUGAGGAAAGUACAACUGACAUGGGGGCUAAUUCAGACCUGAUCGCUGCUGUGCAUUUUCGCACAGCAGGCGAUCAGGUCUGAACUGCGCAUGCGCAGGCACUGCAGUGCGCCGACGCAUGCCAGAGAUGCGAUCAGCAUCUCAGCCCAGCGAUCGCUUCUGCCUGAUUGACAGGCAGAGGCGUUCGCUGGGCGGGAGGUGGGGUGCCGGCGGCACUGGGCCGCCGUUUUGGGGACGCGGUCCGGGCAACGUAGGCAGGACCGGACAGUGCGGGUGGGCAGGCCAUGGUGGCUGCCUGACGUCACACGCAGCCACUGCAACCCGGAGAGCGAUGUGUAGCUCCCUGCCAGUGCGCAGGAGCUGCGCUGGUAGGGAGCUACUCUUCAGGUACAAAAGCAUCGCCGCCGUGCAAUGCUUUUGUACCUGUGCGGGGGGGCAGAGCCAGACAUGCUGGGCGUCCCCCCGCAUGUCUGUGAAAGUGAUCGUAGAUGUGCUAAAUUUAGCACAUUUACGAUCAAGUCUGAAUUACCCCCACGGUUCUGGGAACAUUUGCACGGAGUCCCCUGUAAAAAAAAGCACACAAAGACUAUUGCAGAAAGUGGGUACUGUGGAUCAAGUAUCAUAGGCAUUUGGAAAAAGCACAAACAGCGCCCAUACAAAAUGCAACUGUUUCAGUUUAUAAAGGGUGGCACUGUGCCGGUAUGCAGCAAGCUCUGGAAAAGGCGCUGUUUGAGGAAAUUCUUGGGAUCGCGUAUGUAUUCCAUAGAAGCCUACGGGCUUUAUUUCACAAAAUUCUCUAGAGAAGGAUCCAAAUAAUCCCUCCCUGUCUCCAUGAUAAUUACAUUUUUUAUCAAAAAACUGAUACAGUAUACUCCGCCCAAAGUGUUCAUUUUGGCUAUGUAUGGAGAUGUUAGGACCACCGUGUCUCUGCUGUAACAUAACACUGCCGCACAACACUGUACAAAAAACAAGAUACUUAAUCCCAAUUUAAUAAAUUCAGAGCGGACACAUGCAAAUCAUUCUUUGUAAGUCCCGACGGGCCAAUUAUACACCCAGAAACAUUGUUCAACAUCUUGCACUGAUGGGCACUAAUAAGCUACAGUAUAUGGCUUUACAUAUUUAGCUGUAUGCAUGCUAUAAAUCAUUGUUUCUGGACGGAUUGUUGGCCCUCAAGGACACAUAAGUAACAGGUUGCAUGUCUGUCUGCAGUUCCUUAAGUGAAAUUCCUCAUUUUUAUUUUAUUUUAAACGGAGAUAUUAGUUUACAGUAGAGAUGAGCGGGUUCGGUUUUACUCAGAUUUACCCGACCUUAUUGGCUAUCGGACGUCACGUGUUUUGGAUAGCCAAUGAGAAAAAUCCAGAAAAUAAGCAAUGGCGAUAAUUCUGGCAUAAAGAACCGAGUAAAUCCGAACCCGCUCAUCUCUAGUUUACAGUAAAGUGUUUUGGUUUUAGCUCUAAUUUUGCAAAACCACCCUCACGUGUUUUGGUUUUGGAUCUAUAUUUUUUGGUAAAUGCUACAAACAGCUAAAAUCAUGUCAUUUGGUCCUGCUUUUGUUUCUACAGUAUUAUUAACCUCAAUUAAUUUCCAGUCAUGUCCAGUCAAUCUUGACCACCUCACAGCUCACAAUAUUUUUCACCAAUAUUGGCCACGGGAUGGCUGACUAAACUAAACAACAGAGCAGCGGCACAAACAUGCAGCAUGUACAGUAUAUCUGUUUAAAUAUGGAGUUUGCUGCACUAUAUAAGAAACUGUUAAUAAAUAAAUAAAAUAAAUAAAUAAUUUAUAGCUAAAACCAAUAAAAGUGUCUAUGCAAAAGAGACCGUCCCCAAUGUCACCCUCCAAGAUACAGCCCAUUAUGAAAAUAAAAGUGUUGCAAGAUGGAAUUGUCCUUGGGCCCUCUCACCCUUGUAUGUUGGAUAUUAAAAAGAACAUGCACAGUUUAACAAACCAAGCACUUCAGUGACAGGUACUGCCACAUUUGUGGCUGAAAUGCUUGGUUUGCUUGCCCCCCCACCAGACAAGUCACGGGCAAGAACUGCUGCCACUGGUGGCUGCCUUACACAAACAAGAUCAUCAACAUCCUUAUCCUCAUUAGUGUCAGAUAGUACCCAGUUAACCCCUCAUCCUGUUCCACUUCCACACAAGCAUCCUCAAUUUCUAUUACGUCAUCAUCUUUAUUUUUACUUGUACUGCUCAUCCCCACAAUUGCAGAUUGUGCAGACAUGGUAGAAAGUGACUUCUCUAUGAGUACAGUGUGAGAAAUGUCAGACUCACACAUACUAUAGCUAACAUAGGCACUCCUAGACUUUCCUUGGAGAUUUGUGAACACAGUUGAAGCUUCAGCCUUAGUGUUCUUUGUUUUGGACACUGAUGAUUUGUGUUUUUUUAAGGUGAUACCUCUACCUUUUUUUUAACAUUGUGAAAGAAUUAGGUUUCAGGUGUCCUUUCCUAAAUGUUCUGCCCCCGGGACCCCCUUUAGUAAAUAUUGUAGCAAUAUCAUGACUGGCAGAUACCACCAAACUAGUACUUGGUUGCUGCUCCUGCUCUUCCAUCAACUGUGAUCCAUAUCGACUCACAGUGCUUAUUUUUAUUAGCACAGUGGGUGGCACGGCACCUACUGAGCAUUAUUGUGACACAGUUCCACUGCCUGGUCGAGCACACAAAUUAAGUUUUUUUGUAAAUUUGGAGCUCUUGGCUGCACUGUGGGCAGUUACAGCACCAGUGUAACUCUUCAGUGCACCAAUAAAGAGUUAAUGAAUGCUGCCCUUUAUAUUAGGAAGAGCUCUGGGGGCUUUGUGCACCAGCAAAAAAAGAAUAUAAUGCUGCCCUGGCAGUCCAAUAUGCUUUCCCUUUAGUGGUUCUGUGUGAAAUGGCGACCAAAUCACCAUGGGAGGGACUUACUGUAUAUCAAAUCCAAAACACAUGAGAUCCGAUGCCAGGAAUCUGAUGUUUUGCCUCAUUUUGGAAAUUGAUCCUGGUGGGAAAACCCGAGCCAAGGCUCAGAUUCCCACAGUUGGGCAUGGUUUUCAGGAAACUGAUCACGCACAUCCUUACCGUAAAGAAGUCUUUGCUGUCAUUUAUGCAUAGAGUUUUGUAGGUCAGUUUUUGUCAGUGAAUUAUUACUGUACCUGUUUUUACAGAAGGAUGCGUCACAGUUAUUAUCUGUCAUCCAGGAAUAAUUGGUCCUCUUCCAACAUAUGACAGCUUGGUACUUACAAAGUCAUAAAAUAAGUACUUCCUUUCUCAGACACUCUGCAACAUAAUUGCCGGUCAAUUUAAAACUCGGGAAUAAUUAUCAUUACAAUACUGCUUUGUUGCAAGAUGUUUUUUAAACAAAUCACAACCUCUGAGUGACGUUUUUUUAAAGUAACACUUUGGAUACUGUUGUGUACCUAUCUUGGUUAAGCACUUUUUUGGCUGGUGCAGAGCCGGUCACAAAGUGGGCGCAAAUUUCCAGAAAUAGAGUUUAUAUAUACAAGGCAUGCUACUGUGGUGUAGCACUCACUUUGCAUCAACUGUUUUAUUCUCGUUGCACCAAUUUGCACCAUUUUGUGGCUGUGGUUUUCUAAAUCACGAACGGGACCAAUAUGUAUUCCCGACUGACGGGAUCCCAGUGGCAGAAAUCCUGACAGCUGGAAUCCCAACCUCAAGCGCAGCGUGUCCUCUAGCAGGCUCAAUGUGCUUGCCAUGCUUUGGGCCCGGUCACAAGGUUCUAUUCCCUUCGGUCCACGUCACCACCCAAGUGGGGUUUCUGGCCGGCAGUCGGGAUUCCGCCCGUAGGCAUUUCAAUGGCUGUUGGGAUUUUGGUGUUGGGAUUUCGACCUUCGGGAUCCCGACAGUCGGGAACAGGACUGCCAUCAGAAAUUGUGGAGUCCGGGACUGACAAAAUAGACAGAGCCCCCCCCAGCAAAAAAAAAAAGAUUCUGCCAAACUGCUCCACCCCAGGAAAGGCUUCUUUUACGUUCUCCAUGUGCAUCAGCCUGUUGUUCUUGUGCAGCCUGUGGUGCAGCUCUCCAGGUAUUGGCAGAAGGAGCCAGGGGUGGGCCCCCUCUCUAUAAGGGACCGGGACUCCAGUCCCUGCAGUCCCCCCCUGUUGGUUGCCCUGGUCAGAAAUAUAACUGCAUACCUCACAAAUAAACAAUGUAAAUUUUCCUUA